UCUAUACCUUUUAAAACAAGAUCUAAUGAUUUAGGAGAAGUAAGAUAUUUACCUCCUGUUUCAAAAGAAUGAAAAAAUACGGUAUAUUCUUAUUCUAAACACGAUAUGAAAAAUUUACCUGUAUAUAAUAGUAAUGCAAAUGAAAUAAUUAAAGGUUAUUUCAAUUUGUUUUUUAAAGACCAUAAAUUUUUAGAUUCUAGAUUUAUAAGUCGUAAAAAACAACGUGAAUUUUUAAGAAGAAUAUAUGUAAGUAACAUAGAAACAAAACAUACAAAUUCUAAAAUAAUAGUAACGUUACAUACUUUAAAUAUAGGUAAAAAUAUUUUACAAAAAAAUUAUAGAAAUCUAUCUAGAUUUUUUGAUUUUAAAAUAUUAAGUUAUUGAACUCGUAAAUUAAAUAAAAAAAUUAAAACGAUAAAUUUAUUUAUGAAACAAAAGCAUACUGCUUUAAAUAAUAAUAAUAAUUUAUUAGUUAAAUUUAAUGAUUUAGAAAUGAAUCUUUAAGUUGAUAUAAUUUAUAUUUAAAAUUAUAUUUAACUAGAGCUAUGAAAUUUACAUAUUAUAAUAAAUUAGAUUCUUUAAGAAGAUAUCAAUAUAAUUACCAUCUUAAUAAAUUUAAGUUUGAAAAUAAUGUUUUCUUAGGAAAAUUAAAUACUAUCUUAUCUAAAUUAUAUAACAAUAAUAUAGAAUUUAAUAUAAUAAAUCAAAAAUCUGUUACACUUAAUACAGAUAUACUUACUGAAAUGUUAACUUUAAAAAUAAGAAGAGAAAAAACAAAUAUUGUACCUUUAAUUAAAAAUGUUUUACAACACUUCAAACUACCAAAAACAAAUAGAGUACAAGAAAAAAGUGGUUGAAUUAAAACUAGUAGUACUUCAUUACUAGAAAAUAAAUAUAAAAAUUCAAGUUUAAUUUCUAUAUUAAAUAAAAAUAAUUUAAAUAUAGACGAAAACUGUUCUUUAAAUGAAUUAUUAAAAGAAAUAACUAACUAUUCUUCAAAAUCUUUUGUUUCAAACGGGAAUAUAAAUAAUGUAUCAAAUAAGCAAGAUUAUAAUAAUAUUUCUAAUAUAAUUUUUAAUUCUAUAAAAUAUAAAAAUUUAGAAGGAGUAAGAUUACAAGCUAAAGGUAGAUUAAGUAGACCAGGUAGAGCAGAUCGUUCUCAAAUAAAAUUAGGAUGAAAAGGAGGAUUAAAAAACAUAGAGGCUUCUUAUAAAGGAUUGUCAACAGUAACAUAUAGAGGUUUUGAUAAACCAAAUAUAAGUUAUUCAGUAAGUAAUUCUAAACGUAGUGCAGGAGCCUUUGCAAUAAGAGGUUGAGUAAGUGGAAAAUAA